AUGCAUUUUGCAAUGCCACGACCUAACUUUCGCGCGUGUCAUUUCUCCUUCAGAAACUUCACCUCCAGCAAUCUUCUUCCAGCUCCCAAACCCGAUGACCGUUUCAACGAGCUGCGCUUCCUUUCCACGCGUGGCCAGAUUGACGAAGCACUCUCCCUCUUCUACAAUGCACCGCUUCCACUACCGCAUUCCCAACAAACCUACGCCACUCUCUUUCAUGCAUGUGCACGGCAUGGAUACCUUCAGCAAGGCAUUUACUUACACCAACACUUGCUUUUAAACAAUAAAAAUCAGGGAAAUCGUCCGCUAGGCGUGUUCGUGACCAACCAUCUAAUCAAUAUGUACGCCAAGUGCGGGGAUCUGGAAUAUGCGCGCCAAUUGUUUGCUGAGAUGCCUGAAAGAAAUGUUGUUUCUUGGACUGCGCUUAUUUCUGGGUACGCGCAACAUGGGCAAGCUUACGAGUGUUCUCGCUUGUUUUCUAGCAUGUUGAUGCAUUGUCGGCCUAAUGAGUUUGCGCUCACGAGUAAUCUAAGUUCUUGUGAUUAUGACCAUGGCAAGCAGGUGCAUGCACUUGCUUUUAAAAUGGGGUUAGAUGCUACUGUUUACAUUGGAAAUACUCUUAUUUCAAUGUACAGCAAUAAUGGUGACAGUGAUGAUGAAGCUUGGUCUGUGUUUGCGAAUUUAGAAUAUCGUAAUCUUGUUUCUUGGAAUUCAAUGAUUGCCGGGUUUCAGGUCAGAAAACUUGGGGCUAAAGCAAUUAGUCUUUUUAGCCAAAUGCAUAGAGAUGGAAUUGGGUUUGACCGUGCCACGUUGCUUAGUGUUUUAUCUUCCUUGAGUGAAGGCUACAGUGCUGUUUCUGACGUGGGUCUUAACUAUUGUUUUCAGUUGCAUUGUCUUAGUAUAAGAAGUGCCUUUGUGUUGCAAGUCGAAGUUGCAACCGCAUUGGUGAAAGCCUAUUCAGAUCUUGGGGGAGAAGUUACUGAUUGUUACAAGCUUUUCUUGGAGACUGGUUGCUAUAAAGAUAUUGUUUCUUGGACUGGGAUUAUAACUGCAUUGGCUGAAAGACAACCUGAAGAAGCCCUCUUCCUUUUCCGUCAAUUGCAUAGGGAAGAUCUUGCUCCAGACUGGUAUACAUUUUCUAUUGUCUUGAAAGCUUGUGCAGGUUUGGGGACGGAAAGGCAGGCCUUGACAGUUCAUUCUCGAGUAAUUAAAGCUGGGUUUGAGGGUGAUGUAGUGCUUGAAAAUGCAUUGAUCCAUGCCUAUGCAAGGUGUGGUUCCAUUUUCUUGUCCAAGCAAGUUUUUGAUGAAAUGAGAAUGCGUAAUUUAGUUUCUUGGAACUCAAUGCUGAAGGCUUAUGCCCUGCAUGGCCAAGCUAAGGAGGCAUUACAUCUCUUUUCUGAAAUGAAUGUCCGUCCUGAUUCUGCUACCAUGGUGGCUUUACUUUCAGCAUGCAGCCAUGCUGGAAUGGUGGAAGAAGGGAUCAAAAUAUUUGAGUCAAUGUCUGACAGACAUGGUAUUUUUCCACAAUUAGAUCAUUAUGCUUGCAUGGUUGAUAUUCUUGGCCGAGCUGGGCGUGUUUUUGAGGCAAAGGAGCUUAUAAGUACAAUGCCGAUGGAGCCCGAUGCUGUGGUUUGGAGUGCACUACUUGGCUCUUGUAGGAAGCAUGGUGAGACAUACUUGGCCAAGUUAGCAGCAGAUAGACUGAAGCAGUUGGAACCCAGAAAUUCACUAGGCUAUGUACAAAUGUCAAACAUUUAUUCUUCUGGAGGUAGUUACACUGCAGCAGGGUUUAUUAGGAACGAAAUGAGGGGCUCUAGAGUAAAAAAGGAGCCUGGUUUAAGCUGGAUUGAGAUUGAUAAUACGGUGCAUGAGUUUGCUUCUGGAGGCAGACGCCAUCCUCAAAGAAAGGCCAUAUGCUGCAGGCUUGAUGUAUUGAUUGGUCAGUUGAAGGAGAAAGGCUAUGUGCCAGAGACAAGCUCGGCAAUGCAUGACAUUGAGGAGGAACAUAAAGAGGAGCAGUUGUACCAUCAUAGUGAGAAGCUGGCUUUGGCAUUUGCUGUGAUGAAUGAAGGUAGUCAGAAUUGUGGGGAUAGUGUAAUAAAAAUCAUGAAGAACAUUAGAAUCUGUGUCGACUGUCACACCUUUAUGAAGUUAGCAUCAAACCUUCUUCAUAAGGAGAUUAUUGUGAGAGACUCAAACCGUUUCCACCGAUUCAAAAAUGGGACGUGCUCUUGUUAUGACUACUGGUAACAGAGGGGACAACAUAAACAUACCCAUAAUUUCUGGCUUUUUUCCAUUUCUAUUCUGCUUCAUCAAUUAUUAUUAACGAAUGCAAAUCAUGGUAUACGCCCUGCAUGGCCAAGCUAAGGAGGCAUUGCAUCUUUUUUCUGAAAUGAAUGUCCAUCCUGAUUUUGCUACCAUGGUGGCUCUACUUUCAGCAUGUAGUCAUGCUGGAAUGGUGUGAAGAAGGGAUCAAAAUUUUUGAGUCAAUGUCUGAUAGAUAUGGUAUUUUUCCACAAUUAGAUCAUUAUGCUUGCAUGGUUGAUAUUCUUGGCCAAGCUGGGCGUGUUUUUGAGGCAAAGGAGCUUAUAAAUAUAAUGCCGAUGGAGCCCGAUGCUGUGGUUUCAGCAUCAAUUGCUUGUGGAGAUUGAACCAGAUAGCAUGAGAUCUGUACAGAAAUUAACACUAUCUAUUUUAUGAAAUCUGACUCAUUGAACUGCUGGUGGUGGGAGACUUGCAGUAUCAACUUUAUCAUUUUGAAAUGCAUAAUGAUUAAACUACAUAAAUUAGAAAUGCAGGUUAAAUCUGGUCUUUCAAAAUGUGGAAAUAGCAGAUGUUGGUGGAGCAAGUCCAGUGUGGAUGCUACUAAACCACAAGAACUUUUGUUCUGGCCCCUUCAGUAGGGAAAGGGCGGCUCUAAUACCACGAUAAAUGGACUUGGGUAUAACUCAUUCCCAAAAAUUAGGUCAAAGGAGGAGGGUGCCCAAUCCACUUAUAUACAAUAUAAGUACCCGGUAACAAAGCGAUGGGAUAAAUACAACUUCUAACAUUGACAAAUACUAAUAUUUGAAGAGUGACCACAUCAGAGAUGAUGGAGCUUCAAUGGAAAUAGCAGCCAAGCUUCUCUGUUUAGGUUUUUGUUUCAUGACCUUUUCCUCUUUUUUCGUUUCCACAUGUGGAUGCAUGCAUUCGUUCUUUUAUGUAUAACCAUAGUAAUCCAUUUACAGCAUUACGUGUGUGACUGCUGUUUUUGUUGAUUCACAUAUAUUGUCCUUUUUAACUGCAUUUGUAGCAAAUUACUUGAGGUUUAAUUACACUGUUGAAAUGUCUAGCUUCAAAUUUUAUCAUUGGAGAAA